UACGUCAUACACCUUGCCACCUCUGACGCCUUAAUGGGUCUGUAUUUAAUCAUUUUGGCCUCCACUGACACUUUUUAUAGAGGGAACUACAUCUUGCACGACACAGAAUGGCGCCGUGGAGCCGGCUGCCAAUUUCUGGGCGUACUCACGACAGUUUCAUGUCAAAUGUCAAUGUUCACUUUGUUUGCCUUGGCUUGGGAUCGCUAUUUCGCCGUAAUGUCUCCACUUUCCUACCAGUUGCGUUCGACGCGUCACGUUUGGAUGAUAUCCGGAGGACUUUGGUGUGUCUCUUUCCUCAUAGCUCUCGUACCUGUCGUCGUACCAAGCCUCAAAGAAUUCUAUGGAAAGAAUGCGUUGUGCAUGCCUUUCAUUUUCACGGAUUCUAAAAGUGCAGGAUGGGAAUACGCGACAGCCAUCUUUGUUGGAUUAAACGGCCUUUGCAUUGUUAUUAUGAUAGCUCUUUACGGCGCCAUAUACUGCCGCGUCCGAGAGUCGCAAAUGGACAUGGGAAGAAAUGACAGAUCAGAUCUCGUCGUUGCUAAGCGACUGUCUUUGGUCCUCCUUACAAAUAUCAUCUCGUGGAUCCCGCUCAUCAUGGCCAACGUCAUCAGCCUAGCAACCGUUCCGCUCACGCGAGACAUGGCAACCAUGCUGACGGGGGUGUUACUCCCAUUGAAUCCUGCCAUCAACCCGUACCUGUACACGUUCAGCUCUUGCGUAAGGCGGAACUCUGGGAAUUUCAAAACAACUUAG